AUGCCGAUUCACCUAGUCUGUUCCUCCCCUUCCCCCCCUUCUCUCCCACCACUUCCUUCCAGCCCCAUCAUGUUUUUCCGCAUCUCUGGGCGAACGGGAGAGCUACAGGAGGUGGAUGAUGAGGAGGCAGAGCGAAUCAUGCCGGCUGCCGCUUAUGCUCUCGCCAAGAAGAGCCUGCACUUGACUCCCUCAGGAUUCACCCUCACCCUUAGAGGAGCCAUCUGCUUCACAGAGGAUGACGUCAUCAACCUGGACACUGAGCUGGGGUUUGGCAUCGGGGGAUCCCUGGCUGAAGGGGUUGACAUCACCACGUUCCUGUCUGGCGGGCAGGAGUACAUGAUAUACACGCCUUUCGACCCUCUCAUGUUCGUCGCAUACAAGGACCCAAAGACUAGCGAGAUUCUUGUGGCUGAAGAUCCUGAGCUUCUAAACGAUCCCAAGGUGUUGGAUGCAAUAGAUGAGGAGCAGCAGUUCCAAGCCUUGGUGGAGGCAGAGGAGGAGAUGGAGGCAACACUGGAGCAGACAGCAAGGCAGGCACCCCUCUGCUUCACGCAGGAGGAGAUGAAGGCAACACUGGAGCAGACAGCGAGACAGGCACCCUUGCGUUCCCAUGACCCUCCUGCUGCCCUCUCCUCCUGCCCUAUCCAUCCUUUUACUCCACUUGCCUCUUCCCAGGAGGCAGAAGAGGAGACGGAGGCAACACUGGAGCAGACAGCAAGGCAGGCAGCCUUUUGUUCCAGAGAACUCUCCCACGGUCUCUCCUGCCCUCUCACCCUCCUACCCUUUCCUCUGCUCUCCAUGUAUGUGCUCCCCAGGAGGCCGAAGAGGAGAUGGAGGCAACACUGGAGCAGACAGCCGAGGCAGGCAACCCCACAUAAUCUUCCUGCUCUUUCCCCCCCCUGCUACUGUUCUCGGCCGCCCACUUUUUCCAAUCUCCAGGAGGCAGAGGAGGAGAUGGAGGCAACACUGGAGCAGACAGCAAGGCAGCCACCCCCGAAGAGCCGGCAGCAGCAGCAGCAGGCACCUGUCAGCUCAAGGAGAGGCCGAUAG